AUGAGUCGCAUGUCUAUCAGUAGCAGCGUUGCGAGAGUUUCCACUGCGCUACGGAAUGACGCUAUAUUGUACUUGACCAUAUUAUCAGGACGUGAGUUGAAAAGAGUGCAGCUUUUGGGUGAACAAGACCCAUAUUGUAGUGUAUAUCUUACUACUGGAGGGAAAGAAUUAGAAAAGGCAGUAUUUAAAACAGAUACACACGAUAAUGGAGGGACACAGCCACUAUGGAAUGCCAAGGGUCAUAUUCUGAUUCCUGAUAUCACGUCAGACGUUGUUCGUUUUCGCAUUAAAAAUAAUAAUUGGGGAAAAAAUACCGUGAUUGGAGAAAUUGCAUUAGCAAUGCGAGAUUUGUCCCGUGGACGUUCCAUGGAGAAAGAGUUUGCUCUCAGUCCUCAAGGUUUUCUUAAAGUGUUAAUGUAUUUAUCACUUGGUCAUGAAAAUCCUACCUCACAACCUCGUGUGAAGUUUGGCGAAUACCCGCAGCACUUUAUUCCUGGAAAAACAAAGCUCUAUCUAGGAAUUGUCUCGGGUAGCAAGCUGCGUAAUAUUCAAUCAUUUGGAACGCAAGAUCCUAUGUGUGAAGUGUACAUUGGACGUACUCGUACACCAGUUGCUAAGGACCUAGUGUACAAGACAAAAACUCAUGAUAAUGGAGGUAAGAAUCCACGCUGGAUGGAAGGUCUUACAGUAAGUGUGCGAUGCAUAGAGCAUGACUUUCUUGUCAUACGCGUCAUGAACGACAAUACCGUGAUCGACACUCUAAUCGGAGAGCUCUGUUUGAAAGUUGAAAUGCUGAUUGGUCGCGAUUUUGAGGACAAGAGCUACCCGAUCGAAGCGGACGACACGAUUGUUGGUCAAGUGCGACUUCAACUUGCACUAUUCAAUGACGAGAUUAUGGAUGAGGAUGAAAUCCGUGAUUGUGACUUGGAUGGCUGUUCCUGUAAUUUAACGCAGCCAGUGCGUGCUACAAAGGUUGGUGAUGUCCUAAUCGACGGUAUUUCCCCAGACGGCGUACAAUACCUUGAAGCUGGCACUGCUGUGCAUACUGGAUGUGAAUUAGCAGGAAAUUAUGUUGUCGAUAAAGAUAUAUACGAAGGUAGCGGAUGGGAAGGGGAAGAAAUGAACUUGCAGCGACUCGACGAAAUGGAUAGCGACGAAUGGGAAGGUGAUGAAUUGUAG